AUGACGACGGAUCCUGCGCAGGUCGAAAUAGGCGAAAAGGCCGCGGGCCACGACAACAUCGACAUGGACAAGAGCAAGAUUGCAUCGUCUGACGGCGACCACGAAGCACCAGCCGCUCGCGGUGUCCAGUUCGACGACAUCCCGGCCAAGUACUGGCUGUCCUACCGCUUCCUGGGCUCUGCCUUUAGUGUCGUCCUCCUCGCGUCGUCGCUCUUUACAAACUUUAACUUGCCGGCCAGCGCACUUACCGUCAUCAACGAGGACCUCGGCCACUCGCCGGCCUACAUCUGGAUCAGCCAUGCCAGCACGGUCGUGAGCUGCGUCGGCGUGCUCGUCAUGGGCCGCCUCAGCGACAUCCUGGGCCGCCGCCACUUCUUGAUCGGCGGCCAGGUGUUUGGCGUCGUGGGGUCGGCCGUGUGCGCCACGGCCUCGUCCAUCCACGUGCUCGUGGCCGGCGCCACCCUCUACGGCGUCGCCACGACCACGCAGCUCUCGUUCCCCUUUCUCAUCCACGAGCUGGUGCCGAACAAGCACCGCGGCGUCGCGCAGGCGUGCAUUACCGUCUUGACACUGCCGUUUGCCGGCUUCGGGUCGGUCAUUGCCCGCCACUUGGUCCAGUACAGCGCCUGGGGCUGGCGCUGGGUGUACAUGAUCAACGUCGUCUUCAACGCGACCACGCUCCUCCUCCUGGCCGUCUGCUACUUCCCGCCGGCCUUGACGCAUUUGCACACGAACUGGACCUGGAAAACGGAGCUCCGCAAGCUCGACUACGGCGGCAUCUUCAUCUUCACCGGCCUGUGCGUCCUGAUCCUGCUGGGUCUGAACUGGGGCGGCAGCACGUACCCGUGGUCCGACGCCCAUGUUUUGGGGCCUCUGGUCGUUGGCUGCGUGUUGAUUAUCGUCUUUGCCCUUUAUGAAACGUAUAUGCCCCUGGAACAGCCAAUCCUGCCCAUCAAGCUCUUGAAAAACCGCAACUACCUCGCCAUGGUGGGUGUCGCUUGUGUUGGGCAGAUGGCCUACUUUGCUCUGGCGAUUCUCUGGCCUCAGCAAAUCCAAUACACGUUUACGACGGACAAUAUCAAAAUCGGAUGGAUGUCGCUCACGUCUGGCUUGGGCUUGAUUGUCGGCAUGGCCUUCUUUGGUAUCCUGUUGAGAUUCUUUGGAAACACGAGACUGCAGCUCCUCAUCUCGACGUCGGUGUUGUUCGCGUUCCUUGCUGCCCUUGGUGGCACCACCCAUAAAGGCGACAACUACGCCAUUGCGUUUACAACCAUGGCCGCAUUUUUCGCCGGAUGGAUGGACAUCAUCGCCGCCGUCGCCAACGGCCUUGUUACAGAGCCUGGCGACCUCGGCUUGGCCAACGGCUUCCUCGGGUCCAUGAAGCAGCUCAUUGGCACCGUCGCGACGAGCGUUUAUGUCGCCAUCUUGUCCAACCGCCAGGCCGCCAACUUGCCCAGGGCCGUGACGGAAGCAGCUCUCGGCGCCGGUCUGCCCGCGAGCUCCCUGGAGGCCACCUUGGCCGCCGUCGCCAACGGCACCAUCCCUGCAUUGGAAGCCGUGCCCGGCAUGAACGCUGCCAUUGAGGACGCCGUUGCCGGCGGCAUCAAGACCGCCUGGGCCGACACCUUUUCCACCGUGUACUAUGCCUCACUAGCCUUUUCCGGGCUCGGCAUCAUCGCGGCCUACUUCAGUACCGACAUUGACGCCCUGCUGAACAAUUAUGUCAACCGCCGCAUCACGGGCACGGAAGGCAUGAACGUGCCGGAGGAGCGUACCAUUAAGAAUACCCAUGUGAUGGAGGACGAGUGA